CAUAGCAGCUAAUGAUGUCACUCACCAGGACUAAAAUUAUAAAUGAGAGAACCACGUGUCCUGGUGACUGGACCAUCACCCCAACAGUUGACAUCGUCGAUCCAGGCAGGAUUCGUGACACGACACAUAUGUACACAUUCCCUUGGGCUGUGUAUUUAGGGGUUCAUACACAUACAAAAUCACAACGUUGUCUUCCCUUGUGGCUAACGCUUAUGAUAUUAUGAGAAAAGAGGAGAAUGGGUAUAUUAUUGCUGUAUUACGCAAUCUCGGCUGAAAGAUUUAGCAUCGAAUCUUUCUUUCCAAGCAUUCGCUGCAGCACUGGGCGGGAGCGGAGCAUCCAAUUAACGACGUCUAUGGAAUUGCUGCAAUAGGUAUAUGUAUAAAGAAAAUUACAAGCCCACAUGUUAAACCUUCCGAAAGCUUGUUGCUUUUUUUAUGUCUUCUUUCUUUUGGUAAAUAUAAGAGGAAGAAAAUGUUUGGCACAAGCGGAUAAAACUCUGGAUAUUGUUCUGUGGCUCUGAGAGAGGUAGCCCAACAUGUAAAAAAGAAUAGCAGACAAGAGUGAUGGGCUGUACAGGCCGGCCGGAGAACAAGGGAGGGAGGGUAAGGGGUGGGUGGUGUGAUGGCACGGCCAUGCAGUGGGUGCUUCGGUGCUUCGUUUCUUUAUGCAGUAAAUACCAAUACGACAUCACAUGUAUGUCUUUUGCGUGUGUGCUUGACACAUUUUAGGUUCAGCACGAGGAGGCGGAGGCUCGACCGGCCGCAGCUAUUGGGAGUAUCUUCCGGUGUGGCUGUGAGUCGAGGUGAGUGGUGGAACAUCAGCCAGAUUCUUCCGAGAACACCGAUCGAUGCGAGCAUUAAUGCACUGCUCACCAAGUGGGCGUUUAAAAUAAUGCUGGCGUCGUCGUUAUUUAAACCCAUCUUACCAUGAAACCAUGAUCGUGUCUCGUCUUUCUUUGGAAAAGAAAAUUUUACAUUGCCGAUCCAUUAAAUACAAGGUUUGCUUUUCCAACGUUUGUCUUUGAUUUGAAUUAACGUCCCAUCGUGGUUCGGGUGGUACAGUGCUCCUCGGGGAAACCUCCACUUACUGUCCUCCAUCUGCCGGAAACCAGGGUUCCUGUAACCAACGCACCGCCCGCCCGCCCGCCCGCCCAUCCUCUUUGGCAUCUCCACUCCGGACCAGUUCAGCAGCCGCAGUAGAAACACAGUACCCUCCUCCGCUUUCUCCAUCCUGAUCCUUCCCUGCGGCACCAAUUUCUAAAACCCCAAGGCAUUUGUCGCCGUGUUCCUUCUUUUCUCGUACCUUUCUUUGGCUCCACCACCCCUGAAUCCUGCUCUCCGUGUCCAUCUGUCGAAGGUUGUGCUUUUGCUUGGUUUCCUCCUCUCUUCUUCGGGCUGCAACUGACCUCGGCUGCCGGUUCUUGUUUUGCUUUUUGACGUUUUCAGGUCUCUAAAGGAACAGUUGGCGUUUCUCUUCUCUUCAAAUUCAUGGAUCAUGUGGCACCACCGAGAACCAGCACGAGCUCCUCCGGGUCCGGCUUCCUCUUGUCAAAACUGUGCAAGCGGCGAUCCGUCACCGUAUCGUCCUACAACGACAACCCAAAACCUAACUACCGCUCUUCCAGUGCCGAUGCUGGCACUGGCAAUGGCCCCGAUGAUAACCGAGAUGGUAAAGUGCAUCCCCAGCCACUGGAGGAGCCUCUGACUAGAGUCUCCAAGUGCUCAGAAGAAGCUGUGAUCUUGAAGCUAUUCGAUGCCAUUACUGCCCUCAAGUGUGCUUAUGUGCAGCUGCAGCAGGCCCAUCUUCCUUACGAACCCAAGAAGAUCAAGAUGGCGGAUGAUGUCAUGAUGUCUCUGCUGGGGACCCUAUCUAGUCUCCAGGAAGCUUACAGCUCUCGAUCUGCGCUUCACUCGCAGAUUCAGGACUGUCAGGGUGUGUUGGCACAGUUGCAAUCCAAAGCGCGCAUCAAGGAUUCCGAAAUCCGUCGACUGAGGUGGGAAAUGGAGGAGUUGGAAACAGAAAACGCAGCGGUGGAGAAGAUGGUUAGGCAAACAGAGAAGGUGGCGCUCUUCUAUCCUAACUGGGAGGCGACACCCGCUCUGUUUUCCCGUGUCUGCAGAUCCACUGCGAGAUCCUUUCAUGACUUUGCAAAGCCAGUUAUUAGCUUGAUGAAAGCUUCGGGGUGGGACCUGGAUCGCGCCGUCAGUUCGCUCGACGAUUCUCUUUUUUUCGCUCAGAGGGUGCACAAGAAGUAUGCGUUGGAAGCAUAUCUGUGUCGGGUAAUGCUCGGCAGGGCAGCUGAGGACGAAAGCGAUCAUGGGUUGAGCAUGAAUCAGUUGGAUCGAGUGAUGACUUCUCAGGAACCUUUUGAUGCCGUGAUGGAGGAUCCUAAUGGUUGGUUUGGUAAAUAUUGCCGAGCAAAGUACGCCCUGGCGGUGCCAUCCAAGAUGGAGCGCUCCUUCUUUGGGAAUCUGGACCAGAGGUCAUUUGUCAUGAGCGGGGGGCAUCCGAGGACUCCAUUUUAUGAGGCAUUUGUGAGGAUGGCCAGAUGGGCUUGGGCGUUGCAGGUGAUGGCCAACUCCUUUAUUCCAAAGGCGGAGAUGUUCUAUGCCAAGAAAGGCCAUGACUUCUCCAAGGAUUUUAUGGAGAGUGUAGCCGAUGGAGUGAUCUGCGAGGAGGAGGGAGGGGAGACGCUUGAAGUUGGAUUUACGGUGACGCCAGGCUUCCGAAUCGGCAGCACCAUCGUGCGCUGCCGGGUCUAUCCGUGCAGGACGGCGUCUUCCAUCGACGCUUAAGCGCGUGUGCUUUUAACUAGUUUUAUAUAUAUAUCAAGUGUGUGUGUGUGUGUGAUAUUGUUCUGCUUUCUAACUUGCAGAAGCGGAAACUAUAUAUGAUCGUACGUGUCAGCUCAUACUAUUUAUAUAUUUUAUAUUUGCAACA